AUGGGUAAUAUUUGUGUUUCAGACAGUGAUUCAUUAAUUAAUGAAGACUCAUAAAUAAAUUUCAAUAAAAUAGACUCCAGGCCUGGAAUUAACGCAGUAGCACUCCCAGCAAAUAAAUCCUUGGAGAACAUUCCAAUAAUGCCUUCCCCAGACUCUGCUUAUUCAAUCACUUAUAUGGAGAGCAUGGAUGUGAUUUAAUUCACAAGUCACAAAUUUUUAAUUCUUUAAAAAAAUAGUGUUUAUAUUGGCGAAAUCAAUUAGAAAUUCUAAAAGAAUGGCAAAGGAAACCUUUAUUUACAAGAUGUGGAUAAUAAUGGAAACUAAAAGUUUGCUGUUAAGAAAGGAAUGUUUAUAAAUGAUAAAUAUUAAGAACCAGCACAAACUUCACUUUUUGGUGCAUGUUUGGAUGUACCUUCUGAUUCUGAAAUCACAGAAGAAUAAGAAUAAUAGAAAUCAAUAAUCUAGAAUAAUCAUUAAAAAUAUAACAAACUAAUAAAUGAUAAAGAUCUAAAUUCUAUUACUGAUAAAAAUUAACUUAGAGCGAAUAUUGUUGAUGGAUAUAUCCAAUAUCUUUAAUAGCUUGAUGAAUAAUUGUAUUGGGACACUCCUCCUUAAAAGAGAGAGAAAUUUUAGAGAACUAUCAUCUUCUAAAGCACAUGUUCUUUGGAAGACUCUAACCAAUUUUAAAAAAAACUACUUAGAUAAUUCGGAUUUGUUUAGUUUUGGUUAAUCUAUAAAAAAAUUGGAUUUGUUAUAGAACAUGAUCACAAUCAUUGGUAUUUCGUUAAAGUAUCAAUUACUGAAGACAAAUUCAUUAUCUAUGUAUAUGAUUCCAUUAAAUGCAGUAGGCCAUUUUAUGAAAACAUAAAACACAAACUCACUAAACUGUUCUAAAUAUUACUGAAUCGUAAACUCUAACCAAAUCUAGUUAUCAAAGAAAAUAUUCCUUAAUGCUACAACAACUAUGAUAAUGCAGUGUACACUUGCAUUUUUGCAAUAAUGUUUAGAUCCAAUUGUAGAAAUAAAUUGCUUAAAAUGAGUCCCUUAGAAAUGAGAUCAGAGUUACGAAAACUAUUUCUAAGUUGA